AUGCUCUUUACCUCCGUCUCUUCCAGUUGUCUGUUCACGCUCAAGACAAAAAAACAUAUUCGAAACGAAUAUUAUCUCGAAUCGCCACUUCUCUUAUCUGGUGGGCUCUGCCCGCCCUUGUCGGCGCCCAGUACCUUCAUUUUCACAAGAUCUGUUUUGAACGCGUUGAACAAAAAACAAAAGCAACGGAAGAAUUUCAUUACUUAUAAAAUAUAUGUAAUGAUGCGGAGGUGUGAGAGGUAUUAUAUUAUGUUUGCAUCAACAAUGCGCAUGCAUAUAUACACUUUAUGUGUGUGUAUGUUUUUGUCUGUAUUGUUGCGCGUCACACUGUGUGGUACUACAUAUAUAUGA